GUCAUCCAGCGGUCCCAGACCGUGGUCACGUCAUCCCCACUAUCCCCCAGCCGGUCGAUCUCAAAGCUCAUCAUCAUUAGAAAUCUUGAGAAAACACAGCGAACGAAUAAAUGGUCAACCGUCUCCUCUUGAGUGAACAAAUUGUUAUUCAUGACAUUGUUCCAGGGUAGUUGGCGCAGCAUGUUGUGGCGCGGCCUUCCACCACGCUUGUUUGGUGCCGUUAAUUCUCAGCCGGCAGCUACCUAGCUAGCUGUCUGUUCUGAGCUUGCUGGCGCGAGAAUGUCGGGAGUAGAAGCGAUCGGAUUAGCGGCGCUGGGAUGGGUGGCGUCUCCCCUCGUGGCGAAGCUGCUCGCCGAAGGCUUCGCCAGCUUAGGCAUCAACGCGGAGAAGAAGCUGCAGAAGCUGAGGGCCACCGUCCUCCCGGUGCUGAAAUCGGUGAUCGAGAAAGCGGAAGGCAGCCCGCACCGGAGCGACGUGGAGGGCUGGCUGCAGAGGCUGAAAGACGCUUACGACGGCGCGGAGGACUCGCUGGACCUCCUCAACUACAACCGCCUCAGACGCAAGGCGGCGGCGGCGGCAGCAAGCAGUGGUAAGAGGCCGACUAAUCCGGUGCGUUCUUCUUCUUCCUUUUUUCACAUACCAAAACCUGUGAAAUGGGUGAUAAAAGGCGGCCGGGACAUGCUGUCGCCUCAAAAGAUCAAGCUGAAGCGAAGGCUGAACAAGCUUGAAAAGAUCGCCGGCGAAGCCGAGAAACUCCGCACCUUGUUAGGCGCCCAGCCCGAUCAGACGGCAGCAGCGCCUGAUAGCAAGCAGACCAUCUCGCUGCCUCCGCCGAAAGUGUUCGGCCGCGAUGAAGAUCGUGACGAAAUCAUUCGGCGUUUGAAGAUAGAACCUGCAGCAGGCGUACCUAUAAUUGCCAUAGUCGGUCGCCCGGGGGUCGGGAAGACUACUCUCGCACAGUACGUUUGCGAGCAGCUGGGGAGCGAGUUAGGUGACAGACAACAUUUUCAUCCCAUCAUGUGGGUCCACGCAUCUUGCAACUUCAACGCAUCCGAAAUUAUGAAAGACAUCAUACAACAAGCUUCUAUCGCAAGCGAGCCUCAAGAAGAUCUUGGUAACCCUGAUGAUAUCGCCGCAACGUUCCAUACCCAUCUUUCUAACCUCGACACGAUGGUCGUGGGCAACCUCAACACGCCUGAAGCACUACAGCUGAAAAUGAACAAAAAGCUGAACGCGAAGAAGUUCCUGCUCGUGAUAGAUGAUGUUUGGUGCGACGGAGAAGACCAUGAAAAUAAUUGGGAUAUGCUAUUCAGAUGUUUAAGCAAAUGUUGUUGUUUGCCGGGGAGCAAGAUUUUAGUUACGUCUCAAACGGACGAUGCGCCGAGAAAGAUUGUUGCUGCUAAUGGUGCUGCUGUUGUAGAAUACAUUUGUCAUUUGGAAGAUUUAGCAGAGAAUGACUUUGCGGAUCUUUUCAUUCAAUACGCAUUGCCUAGCGGGGAAUUCGAUUCUCACUUAAGAGAAGAUUUAAAAGAGAAAUGCAAGACAAUCGCUGCGAAGUUGAACAAGGACCCUACGGCGGCCAAGAUGGUUGGCAAGACGAUCGCUACGAAGCUGGCCGAUCUCUUUCGUUCGCAAGGUAAUUUGCAUGCAUAUUUGGAAACGAUCGCAGACAAGGACUGGUCCGGCGACAAAACCAAAGCGCUGAUGUGGAGUUUUCGGCAUUUGCCGGCACAUCUUCAGCGUUGCUUCUCGUACUGUCGCCUGUAUCCUAGAGGCUACAAGUUCAAAGCUUUAGAACUGGUUCAGCUCUGGAUGGCGCAAGGUUUUAUCAAGCCGGGCGAUCCGAAUGAGAGGGUGGAGGAUGCAGGCGACGGUUACCUGAAUGAUUUGGUGUCCAGAUUCUACAUUCAGCGUCAUAACAGAUUCCGCCGCUCCUCUGGGACAGGUAAGCCUGUCUUCUACUACACGUUGCAUGAAUUGCUGUAUGAUCUAGCAGAAAAGGUUACUCGCAGUGAUUGUGUUAGAAUAGAAGGUAAUCGUCAGAGCGAGAUCCCGUCGACUAUUCGCCAUCUGUGCAUACCGGCUGACAAACUGAAUGAGAAGAAGGAGGAAAUUUGCAAACUGAAGAAACUUCGCACCCUAAUCGUCACGGAAGGAGAAAGCGUCGUCUCAGACGAAAAUGUUGCGACCACCGACACCUUCAAGAGCUUAAAAAAGUUGCGCGUGCUGCUGGUUUUGGGAUUAAAUUUAGAAAAUUUGGCGAAGUUUAUAAGUGAAAUGAAGCACCUUCGCAUCCUACAAGUUUCAGGAGGUACUAGCGAGUUCGUGUUGCCGGAGUUGGUGUCCACUCUGUAUCAGCUGCAGGUGUUGGAAGUAGAAAAUGCUAGCUCGCUUCCUGCACGCCUUACUGACUUGGUCGGCUUGCGGUAUCUACGGCCUUCUGGCAUAGCCGAGAUCGGCAAGUUAACUUCCUUGCAAGGCCUAGAGAAUUUUCAGGUGAGAAAGGAAAAAGGAUAUGAGCUGGAGCAACUAAAGAGCUUGAACGAACUUCGAGGACGCCUGCGCAUUGAUAAUCUUGAGAAUGUUGAGAGCAAGGAGAGCGCCAUUGCCGCCGAUUUGAAAGAAAAGAAGCAUCUUGAUAUGCUCCAGUUGGUAUGGUGCAACGGUGAGGACAAUGUAAAUUCUAAUUUGGAAGCUGAAAUUCUUGAGGGUCUCCAAUUGCCUCCCAAUCUUACCAGCCUUCAUCUAGAUGGGUAUCGAGGACAGUCGUGGCCGUCUUGGCCCGAAAAUCAAACAUCCAACAUUCAAGAACUUGCGCUGAGGAGGUGUGGAAUGCUCGAAGAGCUCCCACCUAUGGACCAGCUUUACCCUUAUUGCAGAUCACUUGAGCUUCGGCAUAUUACUAGGCUUAAAGCAGUACACACCCUUCCUCCGAGGCUUCGAAACAUCGCAAUAUUUCGCACACCAUUUCUCACCUUCGUAACAAAUGAAGACCUGCAGUUGAGCCAAGAUGACAAGAGAUCCAUAAGAGAGGUCAUGAGGAACAGGACGCAGGAAUGGUUCCAACACCAAUAUAAAGAAGACUUAGUGCACAACGAAAGAGAAAUGAGGAAUUUCAUAGCCGUGGUGAAUAGCCGAGAGCAUAACAACAGUGUGCCUGCCGCCGAUGCGGAUAUUGCUGCUGUGUGGGGGAGAUGGUUGGAGACGCAUGAGCGAAAAACGGAAUUAAUUUACAGCAGACAAAAUGAGGCCAAAUUGCUUUUGCCCUCUACCAUUAUUAGGCUCCGGCUCGAGGGAUGCAACAUUACCGACCACGCACUCUCGGUAUGCCUACAACAAUACCUCCCCUCCCUUACGCGGCUGUUGUUAGCAGAUCUCAAAAUGAUAACCCGUCUACCAUCUGCGGACGUCCUUGCCAACUUAAAAUCACUCCAAACUUUAGGUCUGAGCAACUGCUGGGCUCUCACUUCGCUUGAUGGUAUAAGAUCCCUCCCCCGUCUGGGAAAUCUCCUUCUAAUCGGAUGCCCCUGCUUGGACAUUGAAACUGCUGAGCUGCCGUCCUUGUUGCGGUAUAUCCUUUUUGAGUCUUGUGCAGAUGUAGAUGCAAUCCUAGCCAAUGCGAAUUUGCCACAUCUAUCUGAUCUUACGAUUACUCGAUGUCGUACGCGAACAGCAUCGUUACAGUUUGGCAACCUCCGAUCUCUCCACUCCUUGAGUAUCCGGGAUUGUUCUGGCGUCUCAUUCUUGGUGGAUUUGCAGGAACUGCACUCUCUAGAAUAUCUCAUUCUGCAGAACUGCUCAAAUCUGCAGGCAGUGAUGAAUUUGCCCAGGUCACUCAAAAGUUUACAAAUACGCGGAUGUCCGAUUUUAGAGAAGGAAUCCGUAGAAAUUGAGCCCCUUUCAGGCAGGCGUAUGCUCAACGCAUCCCUGUAGAAGACAGCUUCGAACAUGCUCUGUAAUGUGGAAAAAAGGCCUGAUGGGCUUUUUUUCAGCUUCUGAAGAUUGGGGGAAAUAAAAAGUUUAUUAAUGGGUAUGUAUAUUGCUGUUGUGUGGAUUGUUAAUUGUUGUCAAAGAAUUGGUUUGGCCAUCCAAAAAAAAAAAAAGCAAAAAAAAAAAAAAAAAAAAAAAAAAAAAAAAAAAAAAAAAAACAUAAUGAAAACAUUAAAAAAAAAAUUUUGUUAAUGGGUAUGCUAUUCUAUAUGUAUUGCUAUUGUGUGGAUCGUUAAUUGGUGUUGUGAAAAAGGGAUGUGCUUGGUGUGCAUUGUGGUCAUUAAAAUGUAUUAUGUUUUCAUCUCUUUUGUCUUAAUGUAUUAUUAUGUUUUCUACAGUGUAAACUAAAGACCCUGUAAACUUGAAAUUUAUGUCAUGUUUGUAUGUGGAUUUGGGUGUUUUAAUUUUGUC